AUGGAGUCAUCCCGAGAGGUAGAUAGACGUCGGUGCACCUUGAAGGAAUUGGAGGAGAAAACGUACCCUUUUCCUGACUCCGAUGUCGCAGGUAUGCUUGAGGAUUUGCUGGAAAAGAAGGUGAUCGAAUUGCCGGAAUGUAAGCGGCCCGAGGAGAUGAACCGGGUCAACGACCCUAAAUUUUGCAAAUACCACAGAAUUGUCAGCCAUCCAGUAGAAAAGUGCUUCGUGUUGAAGGAGCUAAUUAUGAACUUAGCUAGGCAAGGAAGGAUCGAGUUGGAUGUUGACGAAAUUGCGGAGGCGAACAUUGCCACAAUUGUGUUCGGAUCCUUUGAUCUGGUGCCGUUGCCUGUAUUGUCAAAAAGAUCGGAGUUUCAAUCUACAAGGGGCAUACACCAGAAGACUGGUCUAUGUACAAAAGAAGUGGUGGGCGAACCAAACAAUCAAUGUGGUGAUGGCUUUGUUGGUGACUCGUCUUUUGAUGACAAUGAAGGAUGGACGCUCGUUACUCGGCGAAAGUCUCGUACGAAGCGCAUUCCUCAACGACAAAAUGCUCAAUCAAAGAAGGAGCGGCGAAAGAGAGGCUCACACCAACAUUCUAAGAACAAAACCAGAAGGAUGGUGAGGAGAGACUCUGAACAAGAAGAUGGACCAUUCAUCCAAGGGCCACGAACUCCAGUUAUGCUAGGAGAAUACUUUCCCAAAGUGUUCUUCGUAAGAGGGCCAACGGAGACAGUCCAUAUGACAACUUGCUAUCAGGUAGAUGACAAAGAUGCCUCGGAAGGGAGAUAUGAAACUCAUGAAGAGCGAAAGGUCUCAACACAGGCAGAAAAUCCACCAGCGCAUUCAAAUAUUGAAGAAGCGGUGGAACUCCCUGAAGCCAUAUGUGUAGCAUUGGUAAAGGCAUUAAUGGAUCUCGAUAUCCAACCAAAUAAGAUAAGGAGGACCGGAGAAUUAGAGCCUGAGUCUCAAGACCAUGCUAUUUGCUGCGCGACGUGUGCUUCCAUCACAUUCACCGAUGAAGACCUCUUGUUAGGAUCUAAACCACAUAAUCGUCCGCAUUUCAUGUCAGGGUAUGUGCGAGAACAAAAACUUAGUCGCAUGCUUGUGGACGGGGGUUCAGCAGUGAACAUCAUGCCUAAAUCCACGAUGAUGAAGUUAGGCAUCACCAUGGACGAAUUGUCUCGCAGUCGUCUCAUGAUUCAAGGCUUCAAUCAAGGAGGACAAAGAGCUAUGGGCAUGAUCAGAAUUGAGCUCGUGAUAGGCGAUUUAAAGUCAAACACCCUAUUUCACGUGAUUGAUGUUAAGACCUCCUACAAUCUCCUAUUAGGAAGGCCAUGGGUGCAUGAAAAUGGGAUAGUGCCUUCAACCUUACAUCAAUGUUUCAAAUUUUACAGAGGAGGAGUAAAGAAAAUCUUGGGUGACGUCAAACCAUUUACUGAAGCCGAGUCUUACUUCGCGGACGCCAAAUUUUACAUGGAUGAAGACGUGGUAUCUGAAGUUAUUCCCGUGGAGGUUCACUCGACAGGAAAAGUCAUGCCAAGAAGAGAAGAGCAUUCAAAGUGCCCUCCCGCUGCAAAGAAUGUUUCGAAGAAGUCAAAAAGCACUUUGUCCGGACAAAUGGGAUCAUCACCGACAGAUUCACGGAAGGUGUCUACUCCCGUCCUCCGCUAUGUCUCAGCAUCCCGACGGAAGGAAGGACAAUCCCCAUUUGGAGAAGAAGUAAAGCCAAGGAAAUUAGGAGAAAGCGACAUGAAGUUCUUGAAGGAGUCGACAACCAUACCUUUACCCAAGUUGAAUAAUUCAGACGUUUCAAAAUCUUCGGUACCAGGGUUCGUCAAACCAUCACAAGAGGCAACAAGACACGAAUCUCUUCUGGUCACAAGAACAAAAGAAGGUUUUGACCCUAAUGCUUAUAAGCUCAUGUCAAAGGCAGGUUAUGACUUCGGCUUAUCUUCUUCGAUGGGAGAGCUUAAUCCAGAUGUCACAGGAGAAAGGAAGCAUGGCCUUAGCGAAACCCAAAAGAAGUUGAAGGAGCAAGGUUACACAAUUGACUCAGCUAGAGCAGGCCUAGGUUUUAUUUCUGUCGCACCUGUCAAGAUCUCUGCUAGAAGAAAAGAAAAGAAAGCAGAAGCUCAACAUAUUAGUGUCGAAGCGGUUGAGGAGGAAGAAGAACCAAAGGCUGUUAAGAGAGCCUCAGUGUUCGACCGUUUAGCCAAGCCUACCCAGCAAACCUCAGUUUUCAGCCGCAUCAAAGAAUCAACAUCACGAGCUUCUGUGAUCAAAAGGAUAACUGGGCAUGAUAGCCAAAUGGGAAUUCAAUCAGCCCCACACAGAUCGGCGCUAGAAAGACAUGGAGUUCCAAGCAAGUCGUCUGAAGAGGAAAAUCAGCAAGAAUUGAAAACUAGAGUUCAUGUCGAUUCAACGGAAGACAAUGAAAUUCGGAGCUUAAUCCCGUCACGUAUGAAACAUCACUCUACAUUAGACGUAACUUCAGGUGACCAACUCAAAGUGAAACAACGAACAAUCAUACAAACUCGGGAAAUUUUGAGUCAGCAAAACAAAAGUGACGAUGAAGAAGCGGAGGUUCUAGCUGUUCAUCACGUUACGAUCAAAGAGCUCGACGAAGAGGAACCUUUCGAGGAGGAGGUUCAUGAUGCUCCUACCGCAUUAGAAGAUAGAGGCCAAGCGACUGUUGAUGAACUAAAAGAACUCAAUCUGGGCACAAAUGAAGGCCCAAGACCUAUCUUCGUUAGUGCACUUUUGAAUCCUAGUGAAGAGGAGUCCUAUCAUCAACUUCUACUUGAGUAUAAAGAUGUCUUUGCUUGGACGUACAAGGAGAUGCCAGGCCUUGAUCCGAAGGUUGCUGUCCAUCACCUUGCAGUCAAACCUGGAACUCGCCCAAUCAAACAAACUCAACGUCGCUUCCGUCCGGAGCGCCUAAGUCAAAUCGAAGCCGAAGUUGACAAGUUGAUCGCCGCCGGAUUUAUUAGGGAGGUGAAAUACCCGACGUGGAUAGCGAACAUCGUUCCGGUGAAGAAGAAAAUCACUGGACAAAUUCGUAUUUGUGUUGACUUCCGAGACUUAAACGAGGCUUGCCCGAAGGAUGACUUUCCAUUGCCCAUAAUUGAGCUCAUGGUUGAUGCAACCACAGGUCAUGAAGCCUUAUCUUUCAUGGAUGGUUCAUCUGGAUACAAUCAAAUAAGAAUGUCACCAGAGGACGAAGAACUCACAGCCUUCCGCACUCCGAAAGGAAUUUACUGUUACAAAGUGAUGUCAUUUGGCCUCAAGAAUGCAGGUGCGACCUAUCAACGCGCAAUGCAAAAGAUCUUUGGUGACAUGCUUCAUAAGAAUGUCGAGUGCUACGUUGAUGACCUGGUGAUCAAGUCAAAAAGAAGAGAAGAUCACUUGAAAGACUUGAGAAUGGUGUUUAACAGAUUGCGGAAAUACCAACUCAAGAUGAACCCUUUGAAGUGUGCUUUCGGCGUCACGUCAGGAAGGUGUCAGCUGUUCAGUCGCCUUAUGAAAAAAGAUGUUCCAUUUGUUUGGGAUGAAGGUUGUCACAAUGCAUUUGAAAUCAUAAAGAAGUACCUAUCGAGUUCACCACUGUUAGGAUUUCCUAUUCCAGGCAAAUCACUCAUAUUGUACAUUGCGGCUCAAGAGAGGUCAAUUAGAGCCCUGUUGGCGCAAGAGAAUGAGUCACAUAAGGAGCAAACACUCUAUUAUCUAAGCCGAACUUUUACUGGUCCCAAAUUGAACUACACGCCUAUAGAAAAGACGUGUCUUACACUUGUCUUUGCUAUUCAAAAGUUAAGGCACUACAUGCAAGCGUUCACGGUUCAUCUAAUUGCACGAGCUGACCCGGUGAGGUACGUUAUGUCAAAACCAGUCUUGACGGGGCGUUUGGCCAAAUGGGCGUUACUUCUCAAUCAAUAUGAAAUCAUCUACACUCCAGCAAAGGCGGUAAAAGGGCAAGCUGUUGCAGAUUUCCUAGCCGAUCAUCCAAUUCCAGCAGACUAG